CCACCCCCACCCCCACCCCACCCCAUUGCCACCCCCCGGGAUCCCACCUCGCGCCGCCCACCACUUAGCCGCAUUCCGCACCGCGGCAGGGCAGCCGCGCAUUGCUCGGGGCGCACGUCGUCGUCCGAAGAACCUGAUCUCGCCUCGGAUCUGACCAGGCCAGGUCGCGGGCCCGGAGAGAGCGGCGGGAUGGCGCAGCCGCGGGGCGGGGCCGCGGCGGUGCGGCUGCCGGCGAUGAACGCGCUGGAGAUCCUGCGGGAGACGGUGCGCGUGCUGCGCGCCGACCCGCACGCCUUCACCUACGUGCUCUUCCUCCUGCUCUGCCCGGCCUCCGGCUUCCUCCUCCUGUCCGCCGCCUCGCUCGAGGGCGCCGUCGUGCUGCCGCUCGCGCGCCGCCUCCUCGUCGCCGCGGCGUCCUCGGGGGUCCCCGUCACGCAUUUCGUCAAGCAGCUCGCGCACCACCUCGCCGCCACGCUCGUCGCCGCCGUCGUCUCCUUCCCGGCGCUCCUCACGCUCCUCCUCGCCGCCCGCGCCGCCGUCGCGUACACCGUGGCGGCCGUGUACGCCGGCAAGCCCCUCCCGGCCGCCGACCUCUUCCUCCUCGCGCGCCGCGCGUGGCCGCGCCUCGCCGCCACCUACGGCCUCUCGUGCGCCGCCGUCGCCGCCUGCCUCGCCACCUUCCUCGGCCUCCUCGUCACCGUCUGCUCCACGCUCAAGUCCAUGCUCUACCCGCCGGACAUUGUCGUCUGCGCCGGCCUCCUCACGGUCCUUGCCUUCUCCAUCGUGUACGCGCACACCAUCAUAGUGUGCAGCCUCGGCGGAGUCAUCGCCGUUCUUGAGGACGUGGCCGGGGUCAAUGCGCUGCGCCGGUCGGUGCAGCUGAUGCGCGGCCAAACCCAUGUCGGCCUGCUCAUCUUUCUUGUAUCCACCAUUGGUCUGGCCUUCGUCGAGGGGCUGUUUGAGCACAGGGUGAAGACCUUGAGUUAUGGGGAUGGCUCAUCUCGGCUCUGGGAGGGGCCAUUGCUGAUCCUCAUGUACUCUUUCGUGAUGCUGAUAGAUUCGAUGAUGAGUGCGGUGUUCUACUUCACUUGCCGGUCAUCGAGCUUGGCAAUUCUGGAUGAGGAGGGCGGCUCAGUCGAGGAGAUUGAGAUGAUGAUGGAUGACAAGUCAGAUGCAGUGAGGUGAUUAAGAAGAUUACAGGUUUCUUUCUCAAGGUGUAUCUGUUCAUAUUCUGGUGGGAAAUAAGUGAAGCGGGCAACAUCCAGUUUUUGCCAAGAUUGAAGGGUGUGGUCGUAUGGCCAUGAUUACACGCUUAAUGUGCCACGAUCGAUUCAUGUUCAUGGUGAAAGAAUCCUUUUGCAGUCAUUUGGGGUUCUCCGAGGCUCAUGUAAUGGCGCGGAUGCAAAAGAGAACCAGGGAAAACUUAGAUUGGUGUAUUCUUCAUCUGUCUCAGCAGUGAUCCGAGGGCUGGCAAUGUGUGUAGCAUUCUUUUGAAACGAUGUAACUAGUAUAUCAAUUCAAUUGCGGUGGAAUUUUGUCAUCUCAACACAUUUUUGGUUAUACGGAACAUAUUGUAAUACUAAGGUACCGAUGACUCUGAAACUUGAUUCAUGAAUCUGCACUUGAUCCGAAUUUAUUUUA